AUGGCUACUGAACUCCCCACCUCCAAUGGCAACGGUGCUCACGAUGGCGAGUCCAAUUUCGCCGUCAAGGCGGGGCUGGCACGCAUGUUGAAGGGUGGUGUUAUCAUGGAUGUCGUGAAUGCUGAGCAGGCCCGCAUCGCAGAGGAAGCCGGUGCAUCAGCCGUCAUGGCCCUCGAGCGCGUCCCAGCAGACAUCCGCGCCAACGGCGGCGUAGCACGCAUGUCGGACCCGCAGAUGAUCAAGGAGAUCAUGGAGGCAGUCACCAUUCCCGUGAUGGCGAAGGCACGGAUAGGACACUUUGUCGAGUGCCAGAUCCUCGAAGCAAUCGGCGUCGAUUACAUUGACGAAUCCGAAGUCCUCACCCCUGCCGACCACAUCCACCACGUUGAGAAACACCCCUUCAAAGUCCCCUUCGUUUGCGGCUGCCGCAACCUUGGCGAAGCUCUGCGCCGCAUCAGCGAGGGUGCUGCCAUGAUCCGCACUAAAGGCGAGGCCGGCACCGGCGACGUCGUCGAGGCCGUCAAACACAUGCGCACCGUCAACAGCGAGAUCGCAAAGGCCGCCAACCUGUCCGACAUGGAAUUACGCGUGCUGGCUAAGGACAUUCAGGCCCCGUACGAACUGCUAAAGGAGACCGCGCGGCUGAAGAGAUUGCCUGUGGUGAACUUCGCGGCGGGCGGAGUGGCGACGCCCGCAGAUGCGGCGUUGAUGAUGCAGCUUGGAUGCGACGGGGUGUUUGUUGGGAGUGGCAUCUUCAAGAGUGGGGAUGCGCGCAAGAGAGCGAAGGCGAUUGUACAGGCAGUGACGCAUUACAACGACCCGCUGAAGCUGGCGGAGGUCAGUGAGAACCUAGGAGAGGCGAUGGUGGGAAUCAAUUGCGCAAGCAUGAAAGAAGAGGACAAGUAUGCUAAGCGUGGAUGGUAGGAGGGUGGGUGAAACGCAUAUUCCACGGUUGAGGCGUCCGGCGCGACGUGAUGCAUUUUGGUAUCGUUUAUGGAUGCAGUGAAAAAAAGCGCCUACAGAUGCAACAGUAGCAAAAACAAAAAUCAUAGAUCCGGGUAUUCAACACCUUACCAGAAGUCCUCUCACUCCUCAGCAGCCAACUCUUACUCCUCAGCAGCCAACUCUUCUACCAAACCUUCCAGCUCCUCCCUCCUAAACGGUACAACCAACCUCUCGGUUCCCACCCCGUCCUUCCUGCUCUCCACCAUCUGAUGAUCGUGAAACUCCUUCAGCAGCGUGCGGAACGCGACUUCACUGCUACAAAUAAAUGCCUCCACCGCUUUAUGAUACAGCACUCGAUACUCCACUCCUUCGUCUGCCCUCCUCACCUCCUUCCGCUCUCUCUUCUGCGGCGUAAUCGCCUGUCCCACAGCCUCCAUCUCCUCGUCC